AAACCGUCAAAGGCAAGAUCUGACCUCCGUUUACUGCGAAGGGCUAGGGAGGAGUGUGGGGACGCCUAUUAGGCCAGCAGAUCAAAUGAAGGCGGCCCUAAAGGACCUGCGGACAAGAGGAAGAAUGGAAGGAAAAGGCGUUGCGGGUGGGGAGAAGGAGAAGCAAGGGAAGAAGAGGCCAGCGAGCCUGAGGGACGGCGAAGAGGUGAAAAGCUCUAAGGCGAAGAACAUCGACGACGUGGAGGUGGAGGAGUUCUUCGCUAUCCUGCGUAAUAUGCGGGAGGCGUCCAGUCUUCUCCGCAAGCACAACCCACGAAACCCAUCUUUCCGCGCGGAGGACUUCGCCCACGUCUGCCGCACUGGAGGCGGCUGCGGCAGCAGCAGCGCAGCCGGCGGCGGAGGCAGCGGAAGGGGGGAGACCGAGACGGCUCAGCCAUCAAGGAACAACCACUACGAUGCCGAAGACGAGUGGGAGCGAAGCGAGGACAACGGGCUCCCCGGGGGGCUGGACCUGAACGUGGAACCUUGCGGCGGUAGUAGCCAACACCAAUUGCCGGAGCGUCGGGGUGGUCGUUCGGCCAUGGCGGAAGGCGAAGACGAGUGACGUGAAAGCUGAGGUGCGGAUUAAUGUAAUGUUGUGGUCGAACUUGCGGUUCAUCACGGAGAGUCGUUCACGGGGAUUCCUCCGACGCCCCAGUCACUCAUGAGGACUAAAGUAAACUCUCUCUCUCUCUCGCUCGCUCGCUCUCCUUUCCUUGCUCUUCUGUUUCGGUGUUGUAUUUUACUUGUUCUCUGGUUCUUGCUCCUCUCUUGCUUGUGGGGUUUGUUAAUGGCAAUGUAAAGAUCGUUCCCCAGGGAGAUGAAUCUACACUCUUUAACUGUUGGUGCUUCUUCUGAUCUCAA